ACCACCAAGAAGGCAUCUACUUUCGAUGACCACAGAGUAAUGUCAAAACACAGAUGUGUUUACCUGAUACAAUGAAAGCCAACCUGAAGCUUAGAGCAAUACACGGACCUUCAUGUACCUGGCUGUCGGUGUUUGUUUUCCAGUGCUGCUUCCAACUAAGUGCUUCCUUGAUUUACUGGACUGCCUAUGUGGAAGUCAGAUACUUUGACAGCGUAUCUAAUGAAACUGUGGGCAGUAUAUGUGAGUGUGGCGUGUUUGGAGUGGACUCACCCUUGGUAUCAGCUUCUGGGCUUCUUGUGCUUCCAAAUUCAGAUCCUCUGGCGUGCUCAAGGAACACUACUUUCACCGCGAAACACCAGCCAUGGAUUGCCCUGAUAAAAAAAGGAGACUGUAAAUAUUCACAGAAGAUACAAGCUGCCCAGCGACAAGGAGCCUCGGCGGUGGUUAUUUACAACAUAGAUGGGACAGGCAACAACACUGAGCUGAUGGCCCAUUCAGAUGCCAAAGGCAUAGUUGCCAUCAUGGUUGGCAAUAUUCUAGGCACAGAAAUGGUCGACCUGGUGAAGAAUGGCUCAGAUGUGUAUGUGGCGAUCGCAGUGGCCAAACCUCACGGCCUGUGGUACAGAAGCUCAUGGGCAUACCCUCUGUCCUACACCUUGAUCGGCCUAACGACCAUGACCCUGUUCUACUUCGCUUUCCUCUUCAUCAAACGAAUGUACAGAAACCAGCAGUUCCGGAAGCAAGUGAUGGAGAUGAAGAGAGAGAAUGAAAAGGCCAUAGCAAAGUUAGAAGUGCGGACUCUGCGGACGGGCGACCCGGAGGUGGAAUCAGAGGACGUGAGCUGUGUUGUGUGCACCGACUCAUUCAAACACAAUGAAAAGGUCACCAUAUUACCCUGCAGACAUUUCUACCAUAAGAAGUGCAUUGAGCCGUGGCUGCUGGAACACCCCACCUGCCCCAUGUGUAAAUUUCACAUCCUCAAAUACAAGAUCGAUGAGGAGAGCGAUGAGCCACCUUCAUCUUCAUCUUCAUCACCAUCGAGUGACACGUUCCAUCUAGCUGUGAUCAGGACAGAGCAGCUCCACACAUCAGACAGACAAAACACAGACACUCUUGGACGUCCAUCAGACAGUGGGCCGGAGAUUCAGACACAACACAUUUAUGAGAACCUUGCAUUUGAAGAAGAAACAGAGAGAAUGGAGCAUCAGGACAUCAACAGCCAGGAUUGACACCACUGUAGUAUAACACUACUGUUUCAAAUAUUUCUGCAUGUGAACAUCACCAACAGACAACAUGUGUGCAAAGUGUCAAAAGAAGAGACAUAAUAAAAAAUAAAAAUAAAAAAAUUUACGAUAAAGAAAUAAAAUAAUAAUAAACCUAAAAUCAGA